UUUGUCUGUAGAGGUCGAACGUAUAGUUACUUAUAAUGCAAAGAUAAGCAGAGCAUCCUGAAAACUACACUAUUCGACGAAGCCAGCGUAACCGAGAGCCAAACCUACAUACAGCAUUACCGAAGCCAUGGCACCCUCACGGCCAACGGACCUUUCGGCCGUUCCAUACUCUGGGCCGCCCUUGUACAAAGUGCCCGAAGACCUCGUUGUUCCCAACGUCCUGGACAUCGACAACGUCGACGAACGCCUCUGGGUCCCUCAGGCCAAAGAUGUGUGGUUCCGACCAUUGAUCUUCUCAGUCUCGCAAGGAUACUUCGUCAAUUUACUGCGCGUGCGCAAAUCCGGCAUUCUCUCACGACAUCGACACGCAGGGCCUGUCCACGCGACAGUGUUGAGGGGGCGAUGGCACUACCUUGAGCACGAAUGGUGGGCGGAGGAGGGCAGCUAUGCUUUCGAGCCACCUGGGGACAUCCAUACCCUCGAAGUUCCUGAAGGAGUGACGGAAAUGGUCACACUGUUCCACGUUACUGGCGCAUAUAUCUACGUGGACCCUCAAGGCAAGCCAGAGGCCAUCGAGGAUGUUUUCUCCAAGAUUGAUCUGGCUCGCGCGCAUUUCGAGAAGAUCGGUUUGGGGGCGGAUUAUGUUGAUCGGUUCAUUCGAUAGUCAUGCUGGAAUUUGUGUUUUAAAGGGAAGGAGAAGAAAAAAGUGUGUCCACAUUUGCCGGCGAUAAACCUCAUCUAAACCUUGGCACCAGUUAAGGGCCUCUUAGGGUGAUGGCGCCUAAUUUGCCGCUUUACUCGGGAAUCAACUUAGGGCACCUCCCUGGGUCAACUUCGGGUCAGGCCAAGCGAAGAGUGCGACUCUUCAUUACCUCAAGUACUUAAUUUAACCACUGCUUCACCUCCUCAA